AUGCGGCCUAUCUUUCUCGCCCUUCUCUGGGCAGUGUCUGUUGCCUCUGUCCCAACCAGUCAUCAUGUUCAGGAGCGACAGGAUGACAGCCACUGGGUUGUGACAUGGACUUCCAUGCCGCAAGAGGUUGAACAAAACAACGUCCCUCCCUCUCCAUUUAACGGAGGAAACGUUCAGUUCCGCGACGCAACCCUCCGUCAGACUUUUCACACCUCCAUCGGCGCAUCCCGCCUACGCGUGCAAGUUUCCAACACGUUCGGCGGCUCCGAUCUACCCAUAACAGCAGCAUCAUUGGCUUUGCCCCUCAACGGCGCUGCAGGAGUCUCGGGGAUAGACACAGCAACCCUCAAAGGCCUCACCUUCUCCGGUUCUCCAUCGGUUGUAAUCAAGCCAGGAACGGUGGCCUACUCGGACCCAAUUGACUUUAACGUUGCACCUCAGAGCAAUAUCGCUCUGAGUCUGUACACACAGCAGGGACAGUCGGGCACUCGCAUCACCGGACACCCAGGCAGUCGCACGACCUCGUGGAUCCAGAGUGGUAACAAAGUCAACGCAUCUUCUGUCGCAGGCACCAACACAAAACAUUGGUACUUCGCCAGUGCAAUCGAGGUUUGGGCACCCAAGAAAUCCUCGGCGUUGGUCAUCCUCGGUGACAGCAUCACCGAUGGACGAGGAAGUGACGAUGAUAAGAACAACCGAUGGCCCGAUCUUCUCCUCGCGCGUCUGCAAAAAGAAGGCCUGUCCAGCCUUGCCGUCGCAAACCAAGCAGCAGGCGGCAAUGCCGUGCUCCAAGGCGGCCUUGGGCCUCCCCUCAUCACCCGCUACACCCGUGAUGCCCUCACCCAGCAAGGUGUGAAAUAUGUUCUCGUCUUCGAAGGCGUAAAUGAUAUUGGGGGUGGAGGAACGGAUAGCGGAUCUCAGCAGCGCAUCGGCGAUGGCUUAAUUAACGCUUAUAAGCAAAUCGUAGCCGACUGCAAAAAGGCUGGUCUCGUGACCAUCGGCGCAACCAUCACGCCGUUUGGUGGCAGUGGGCAAGCGUACUCGAACCCCACACGGGAACAGACGCGGCAGCGCGUGAACAAGUGGAUUUUAGAGAGCCGUACAUUCGAUCAUGUGGUGGACUUUGCGGCUUUUAUCGGGCAGGGAGAUCAUUUGAAAGCGCAGUUUGACGGCGGUGAUCAUCUGCAUCCAAAUGUAGCGGGUUAUCAAGAGCUGGCGAAUAGGUUCCCUGUGGAGAUUUUCAAGAGUUGA